CAGACCAAGAGCUCUCCACGUGUCCGCCAUUGCUCGACCUGCCGCCUUAUUUUUCACAUUUUCGGACACCCCCACAGGACACCCCCAUGGCCAAAAUGCGGAUGAAGAAGACCAGCGCGAAGGGCCAUAAGUGGAAGAAAGGGCAGAGUUGCCUCUCCAACCCUGAGACUAGCAAGCACCGGAAGGCCGCGCGAGGAUGUUUCUUCCAGCCAGGCAACAGCAACCUCACACAGGCUGCCAUCGCCGAGCACAACGAAGCCAUGCGGGAGGGCCGAGCCUCCCGGCAGAUGAAGGAGCUGGAGGUGGAUGAGGAUGACUUGCGGAGUGGAUGUGGAAAGACCUUCAACACAUUUGCCACGAACUUCUCCACCUGUACCCUGCCAGCCUUUGAGAAGUUCUUCCGCACCUUCGACGCAGGCUCGGACCAGCACACCCGCAUGUUGGGCAUCCACGCAGCUGCCCAGGAGUACCUCAGGGAGACGGGUACGCCGGAGUCAUCCACUGCCUACUACUGCAGCCUGAUGGUGACCCUGGAGGGUGUCCGUGGCAGCGAGGAGGACACGGCCGCAGCUCUGGCCCUGCUGGCAAGGGUGGCGAGGCGCGUGGCCCGGGACGUCCUGAGGGCCAAGUUCGCUGAGUUCUCGGCCACGCUGAUAGCCACCCUUAAGCGCUACGGAGACUCAAACAACUCCAGACUGGUGGCCAAUGCUAUAGGGUCGCUGUCCGUGCUUCUCCGAGCCCAGGACCGCAGUGAGUGGACCAACCCAUCGACCCUGGACCUGUUCAACUCCAUCAUGGCCUACAAUGUUCACCCUAAGCCUAAGAUCCGCAAGGCUGCCCAGUACAACACAUGUGCUAUACUCUGGGGUUCGGCGUUUAUACUGUGUGAGGCGGAGGCGGCCGGAACAACAACAACAACAACAACAGCGGAGACGAAAAAAGAGGAAGAAGAGGAAGAUAGCCCCAAACCAGGUGCGUCCAUGACCACAUCAGCCGCCGCAGCCGCCCCCAGGCACCCAGCGGCGGGGGCGGCUGCGGAGUUCUGCCUAGUGAACCUCCGGGCCGCCACAGAGCUGGGGAACACCAAGACCGCCCUGCAUACCUUGGUCCUACUGAGACAGGUCAUUGCCUCCCUGCCCCGGAAACAGCUUAAGGCCGUGUGUGAGUGCCUUCUCUCCAUCAUGCAAGUUGGCCGCGCCCUCGUCAACACCUGCGCCCUACAAGCCCUCCACGCCCUCUUCGCAGCCCACCCGCCCCCUGAGGUCCUGCCUGCCCACACCAACGCAGCCCUGGUCGCCGCGCUCACCCAGGGCGCUACGGGUGGGGCUGGGGGGGUCGGAGGGGUGCCGGUCCCAGGGAAGAAUGACCCCCAGCCCGCGUGUGCUUGGAUUACAGUUGUCACGGUUGCGGUUAUGAAUAUGUGCAGGCUGGAGGAGGAGGCAGGAAUGGGUCAGCUGCUGAGAUGGUUUGAAGUGUUGGUCCCUUACUGGCAGAGUGACCAUGCCUCCGUCAGAACCAAGGUGCGUGAGUCCCUGGAUGUGUUGCUGCGUGAGUGUGUGGUGGCGGCCAGCGAGGGUGUGCGUGGCGGUGCGGCGGAGGGGCUGUGGGCGGUGGUGUGUGAGGGGCUGUCCCUGCAGUACCAGGCGGCCUGGGGGGAGGUGUUCCGGGUGCUGGAGGCCGCCUUCCCCGCCCUGGGUCCUGCCCGGCCGGCCGCCGCCCAGCCCUGCCUGGCCAGCCUGUGCCAGCUGAUGGCCAACCCCCGGCUGCCCCAGCGCCCCGCCCUGGAGCGUGCCGUGGGGGCGGCGGUGGCGGCCCUGGGCCCCGAGUCGCUGCUGGCCCUGGUGCCGCCGCGGGCCACCGGGGACGUGGAGCAGGACGAGGGCGGCUGGUGGACGCUGCCGCUGCUGAGGCGCUUCGUGGCGGCCGCCGGGCUGGGGCCAUUCCUGGACCACCUGCUGCCCCUGGCCGCCCGCUGCCACGCCCUGCUGGACGGCCUGGACAAGCAGGGCCGCCGAGACUCCCUGCUGGCCGCCACCUACCGCCAGGUGGAGCAGCAGGUGUGGGCGGCCCUGCCCGCCUUCUGCCGGGGGGCGGGGGACGUGGAGGAGGCGCUGGGCCGGGACGGCUUCCCCCGCCUGCUGUGUGACCACCUCAAGCACCGGCCAGACACACGGCCACACGUCAUGGAGGCCCUGCGCCUCAUGCUGGCCGCCGUGCCCCCCAACCCCCCGCCGGGCCAGCCGCCGCCCCGCCUGGCCCUGUACGCCAAGAACUACCUGCCGGCCCUGUUCAACGUGUACCUCACCGUGCCCGGCGUCGAGGGCGUGGCCCCCGGCCAGCGCCAGGCCGCCCUGGCCACCGUGCGGGCCUUCGCCGCCGUGCUGGAGCCGCCCCGUGCGGCGGAGCUGCUGGCCAUGGUGCUGGGCCGCCACACGCAGGCCGUGGAGGCCGGUGCCGGCCCUGACCACACCCUGCGCCGCCGCGCCCUGCUGGACCUGGCCGCCGCGCUGCUGCCCCGCCUGGACGGCCCCGCCCUGGCCACCCUGUACGGCCACGUGCUGCCGCUGCUGGACUACCAGGAGCAUGGCCUGCAGAAGGCUGCCUACCGCCUGCUGGAGGCCGUGCUGGCCGGGGAGACGCCCGCCACGGCCGCCCUGGUGGAGGAGCGGCUGGAGGAGCUGGGCGGCCUGCUGCUGGGCGGCCUGGCCAAGGCGGCCCCCAGUGCCCGGGCCCCCAGGCUGCGGUGCCUGCGGCUGCUGCUGCUGCGCCUGGGGCCGGAGGUGGCCAGGGAGCGGCGGGAGGAGGUGCUGCGCCGCGUGGUGGGGGAGGCCGUGGUGUGCUGUGGCCGGGCCAUGUCCCAGGCCACGCGCAAGGCCGCCUUCCUGCUGGUGUCUGAGGUGGGGGCCGCCAUCCAGCGCUCCGAGGGGUGCACGGCUGAGGACACAGUGGUGCGGGCGCUGGAGCUGCUGCUGGCGGGCCUGGUGGGCUCCCCGGCCCUGGCGGCGGCCACCAUGCUGGCCCUGACAGCCCUCACCUACCAGUACCGGGAGCAGCUGACGGCCCAGGUGGUGGCCGUGCUGGUGCAGAACACCUGCGUACAGCUGCUGUGCCCCAGCCGGGAGAUUGUGGCCUCCUGCCUCUCCUUCAUCAAGGCCCUGCCGGCCCUGCUGACCCCCGCCCGCCUGGCCCCGCACCUGCCGGCCAUCGUGCAGGCCAUGACCAACAUGACCCCGGACUGCCAGCGCAAGUACAGGCUCAAGACACGGGACAUCCUGGACAGACUGAUGCGACGCUAUGGGGCGGACGCCAUCGCUGCCCUGGUACCCCCCGGAGACACGAUCCUUCACAAACGCAUUCGCAAUCUCCGAAAGUUGGCUAGCCGUAAGGAGAGGGAGAGGGAGGAGCGGAGGAGGACGGAGGGGGAGGAGGAGGAGGAGGAGGACGGACUGGGCUCACGCGCUCUUCCUGCAAGCUUGGACGAAAUUUUAGCUGAGAUCGACUCGGAGGAGGACGAGAAGGAGGAGGAGGAGGAGGAGGAGGGGGGGAAGAGGAGGAAGAUGAUGAAGAAGAAGAAGAAGAAGGGGAACACUUGGAUCAGGGAAGAUGACGAUGAAAUAGUGGACCUCCUUGACGCCUCCGCCGGCCAGGCCAUCAUGUCGGGCCGGGCGGCUGCGGCGGCGGCCCGGGGCGGCGGCCGGACCAAGGCAAGGGCGGGGCGGGGCUUUGAAAUGGACAAGGAAAGUGGGAAGCUGAUCAUCACAGAAAACGGGAAGAAGGAGAAGGAUGGGGGUGUUGAUGAGCUGGACUUCACCGAGGAUAUGGACGACAUCUUGGGGUUGAAGGGGGCGGCUGGCGGCAGCGGCAAGGUCAAGAAGAGGAAGAGGAGCGACAGCCUGGGGUCCGCCGAUGGAGCCGCCGAUGCUGGGGGUGGCGGUGAAGGGAAGGGUGCCAAGAGGAAGAAGCGUGCCGACCCUGGGGCUGAGUUUCGUGCCAAGCGUGCCGGAGGGGAUGUGAAGAAGCGUGGAACCUCUGUCAACCCCUAUGCCUAUGUGCGUCUCUCCAAACAGCAGCUCAAUAGAAGGAAGAAGGCAAAAUUCGAGGGGCAGUUUGGCAGCCUCGUCAGGGGGGCGAGGAAGGGGGUGGCGGGGGGCAAGAGGAAGGGGGGGAGGAAGAAGUGAGGAGGAGGAGGAGGAAAUGAAGAAGAGGAAGAGGAGGAGGAGGUGAAGUGAAGAGGAAGAAGAAGGGGAGGAAGAGGAAGGAAAGUGAAGAAGAGGAGGAGGAGGAAGAAGAGGGAAGAGGAGGAGGAAGAGAAGUGAAGAGGAGGAAGAAGAGGGAAGAGGAAGAGAAGUGAAGAGGAGGAAGAAGAGGAAGAAGAGGAGGAGGAGGAAGAGGAAGAAGAGGAGGAGCAGGAAGAAGAAGAAGAAGAGGAGGAGGAGGAGGAGGAUUGAUAUAUAUGUGUGUCAUUAUUAUUAUUAUUCCUCUUCUUCCUCCUCCUCCUCCUCCUCUUCCUCUUCCUUUCUUGUCAUAAUUUACUCCAUGUCUUAUACCUCAUUGUCUUCCUCCUCCUCCUGCUCCUUGUCCUUCUUCUCGAUGCUAAUAGAGGAAGGGGUCACUUGUAUAAACCUAAAUAAACACAAUAAUAAGAAUAAUAAUGUCAGGGUGAAUUUAAUAUUAAGUCUUUAUUGUUACAAGAAGAAGAAAUAUAUAUAAUUGUUAAGAUUA